CCACAGUGCAGCAGCCAGUCCACCUGACAACGUGUCACUUCUUUGGAAACGUCUCUAAGAAAACAACAAUAGGGUGGGCAUGAUCAUAGGACAAGGGUCCCAGUCCAUCAGGACCGCAAGCUGGACCCAUCUCCCCCGCCAAAGGCCUGAUCCUGAUCUAAGUCCAUCCUCCAGCAUGGGCAAAGUGACAAAAGAAGCCCUGCAGUCCUUCCCUUCCAUAAAACAGAGCAGAAGCCACGUGGUUCGGCCGACGCUAAGCCUCCGCAGGAAGCUGUUGACCAAUGGAAAGCAGCUGAACACACCAGAUGUUUCACCAAUCCACCACGUACCCAAUCAUCAACCCCCAACCACGAUGGUGACCGCUACCAUCCAGGCCGGGUUCUGCUCUUCCAACAACUUCAAAGGUUGUGCCAUAUCAAGGCCUAUGAUGGACGUAUUAGGCCACCCAACUGGUUUUAACUUGACAGUGACCAGUAGUCCCAUGACUGUGACAGGCCAGGAAUAUUAUGCAGGACCGCACAGUGGAAAUGUUCCCUAUGCUGAUGCCAGGCCGUUGCUGUCCAGCGAAUCCUUGGUGUCCACUACACUCAGUCUGUCUGAAACCCAGUCAAUGUUUAGUGGCAGACAUGAUUGGCCGUAUGGCUACCGUGUCCUUCCCCCAGUGGGUUUGCAUCAGGCCAAUGAGGGCAGGGAGCAGCGCAGCGUUCCUCCUGGCACAGCCAUGUCUGGUACAACCAUACCAGGAGGAACAAGCACUUCUGCCUCUCCGCCCUCACACCUCUUUGCAGGUGACGCAGGAAGCCCCAGACAGCAUUGUUCCAAGAAGCGAGCCCUCUCCAUGUCACCUUUGUCAGAUUUAAUGGGUAUUGACUUCAACUCCAUCAUACGAACCUCGCCAACUUCCCUUGUAGGUUACAACAAUGGAUCCCGCAGCUCUCCGUCCUCCCACCCAACACUGUCACCUGUCCACUCUGAGGGUUAUGGACACUUUUUGGGAGUGAGAGGAUACUGUAUCCCUCAGGCUAGUCCUCUCAGUGUGCCAGAAACCUUGCGGGCUGUGGCCGCACAAACAGAAUGUGGUCAUGUGCAGCUGCUUGAAAAGGGAGGAGGUUUGGAAAGCCAGAUGGCAAAAAUGGUGGUGGAGCAGCAGUGUUUCCCAGAGGAAGGAAGGGCAUUGGAGAAGACCUUAGAGAGCCAAAACCAACACAUCACCAACCUACUGCCAUCCCUUCAUUUACAAUCAGGACCAACUGCUGCUCAAGGAAAUGAUAUUCUACAGGGUCCUCCACCACCUUACCACUCUCACAAGCACAUCUACCUUCACAGACAUCACAGCCAGAUAAAGACCACCUCUUUCACUCAGGUCUCCACUGGACCUUACAGACAUCGGAUGAGCUUUUUACCACAGGUUCCAAUGCUGGAAGAAGAGGAAGGUGAGCGAGAAGAGUUUGGGGGCUUUUGCUGUAUGUGGUUGGACUGCAGUGCAGUAUAUGACCAAAAGGAAGAGCUAGUAAGACACAUUGAAAAGCUACAUGUGGACCACCGCAAGGCUGAGGACUUCACAUGCUACUGGGCGGGAUGCCCACGCAACUUCAAACCCUUCAAUGCCCGAUACAAGCUUCUGAUCCACAUGAGGGUCCAUUCUGGAGAGAAACCCAACAAGUGCACGUUUGAGGGAUGCAAGAAGGCUUUUUCUCGGCUCGAAAAUUUGAAGAUUCACUUGCGCAGCCACACAGGCGAGAAACCUUAUGUGUGUCAGCACACGGGAUGCCAAAAGGCCUUCAGCAACUCGAGUGACAGAGCAAAACACCAGCGUACACACCUGGACACAAAGCCAUAUGCAUGCCAGAUCCCCGGCUGUGCCAAGCGUUACACGGAUCCCAGCUCCUUGAGGAAACAUAUGAAGUCACAUUCGAAUAGUGAGCAACAGCUACGGAAGAAGAUGAAAUCCACUGUUGAUGCGGCUCGGGACACACUGACAGGCUGUCUGUCCAUCCAGCCUCUGCAGAGAAGCCUUUCUCCUCUGUCAAGCAUGGACAUCAACUUAAAUGCAUCCUCCAGCACAUGUCAUGAAUCAGCCUCUGCUGCUCCACAAGGACAAGACCCCUCCAGUGGCCCUCACCUGACUCUGUUAUGCUCCUUACAAGAUAAUUACAGGUUUGUUGAUCCUUCUCCUUACCAGCGUUUCUCUGGGGAGCAGGGUGGGUAUCGCUCUGCCACCUGCCCCCCACGGCCUCCCAAAGGAACGUCCCUGCAGAACGGCCAGGAUUUGGAGCAGCGCAAGCAGCCUUCUGAGCUAUCGGAUCACAGCUCAGAGCUCCCACAGGUGCUGUAUUCUUCACCGCAAUGUGACGGGAUCACAGCCCAGACAAGUCACCUGGUGCAAGUUGAUGCCUUCAGUGACAGGCUGGUUCCAGUACUCAAUAAUAUUCCCAGUGGGGUGACUGCCUCACAAAUGCUUAUUUCAGGAUUUGAUGUCCACUGCCAAACCAAGGAUACAGCUUCAGUUAGAAUUAGAAGGAGGAGAUUUCUGUAGUGUGGCUGGUUUCUGCACAAGCCA